GCGGCCCGGGGCCAUCCCGCCCCCUCCCGUCACCGUCCCGCUGCUCCCGGCACUGCCCCGAAAUGCCGCUGUUCAGCGUUCCCAAAGAAGUGGCUGUGGGAACGGCGAUGCUGGGGAUCGCCUUUGCCACGGGGAUGCUGGCAGGUAAAAGAUACCCCUCCUUAGUUUUUGGGACACCCAAAUCAUCCAAGAGCAUUAUUGGGAAAAACAGUCCUCUCUGGCAAUACAUACUGGAUCACUCUUUGCGGGAACACCCAGUUCUAAAGAAGCUGCGACUGCUCACUGCUGAUCAUCCCUGUGGUAAAAUGAUGGUGUCCUGUGACCAGGCUCAGCUUAUGGCAAAUUUGGUCAAACUCAUUAAAGCCAAGAAAGUUAUUGAAAUAGGUGUUUUCACAGGUUAUAAUACCUUGAAUAUGGCACUUGUCCUGCCAGAUAAUGGCAGAGUUAUUGCCUGUGAUAUAAAUGAGGACUAUGUCAAAAUGGGAAAGCCACUGUGGAAAGAGGCAGGAGUGGAGCAUAAAAUUGACCUGCGGAUUAAACCAGCAAUUCAAACACUUGAUGAAUUGCUGGCCAGUGGAGAAGCAGAAACCUUUGACUUUGCUUUCAUUGAUGCAGAUAAAGAAAGCUGCAAUGAGUACUAUGAAAAAUGUUUGCGCCUCAUAAAGAAAGGAGGAAUAAUAGCUAUUGAUAAUGUCCUCUGGAGUGGAAGAGUGCUAAAACCAAGAAAGGAUGAUUUGGCAACCCAGAGCAUCCACUACCUCAAUGAGAAGCUUCUCAGAGAUGCACGAGUCAGUAUCAGCAUGCUUCCAAUGGGGGAUGGAGUCACAUUAGCAUUCAAGUUGUAACUGGAGGAAGCCCAGCAGAGAGGAAACAACAAGCAGCAUCAAAUCAUUAUGAAAAACACAGGUGGAGCAGGAUCAAAAAAUGGUUAUUUAACCUAUAUCUCCAUUGGAUAGCAUAGCCUGGUAGACUCUAGGAGCAGCAGAAUCAUAAGGGCAGCUAAGCUGAGAAGAGAGACUUAUUUUGAGAUCUACUAUGGUUUCUCGUUUUAAUUGUAAUAAAGUAAACAUACACAA